UUCUAGAUCAUAAAAUAUUAUUUUCUCUCGACUCUUUUUUUUUCUUUCUUUUCCGGAGGAGACGAUCACCGAAUCAUGGAAUCAUCUUCUCUAGCUUUACUAUGUUCUGUUUCUCUAUACGGGCUUUUGAAUCCGCAUGUAUUGCAAUCCUUAAUUUGAAUUUUCCGAUGGAUAUUCGUCAAAGUCACAAUCUUGAGUCGUCUUCUUCAAUCCGCAUAUCCUAUCCGACGAGGAUGAACCAGACCUCAUUGCGUCUCGAGCUCGUUCCGCGGGAUCUCGACUCUCCCCUCACCCCUGCAGAUCUUCCUCGAGGCUCCACGCUUUCGAUCUGCAGGACAAGGAUCCGACGGCGACGGCGGCGAUCAAGGAGGGAGGGAACGAAGCCUUUUCCAGGGCUUUUGAAAUCUGAGCUUUUCGGAUCUGAUUUCGUUUCUUCUCCGAUGAGUCCGUGUACUCCUAACAUUCUAAGAUUCAAGACAAUGGUCUCUCUAGUGACUCCUCUCCUCCUAAGCCUCCUCGCAAGGUCUUGGAUGCACCUUCUUUGCAAGAUGACUUCUACUUGAACGUUGUGGACUGGAGCUCACAGAAUGUUCUUGCUGUGGGGCUUGGUACUUGUGUCUAUCUCUGGACUGCUUCUAAUAGCAAAGUGACGAAGCUUUGUGACUUGGGUCCUAAUGAUAGCGUGUGCUCGCUUCAGUGGACUCGGGAGGGUUCAUCAUUGAGUGUCCCUGAUGCCAUUGAGUUUGUCCCAUGGUUUAUUAUAGUUGCCAGAGCUAUAAGUAAAUGACUCAUAACGAGGUAAUCUUAAUUACCUCUCUAAAGUGUCCCUGAUGCCAUAAUGUGAAUUGAGUUUGUCCCACGGUUUCUUA